AAUUCUUCCUCCACAUAGCUCUCCAAAAAGCUUCUUGAUCUUCUUUCCAUCAUACUAAUGGAUUCUUCUUGUUUACUUGGCACUGUCGCUCCUCCAAAAAGCUUGUUCUAUAGAAAAUUCAGAUUCCUUAGAAAAACCAAAAAUAUUUCUUCUUCUCUAUCUCCUUCAUAUAUUCCUUCUUCUUUGUCUCGCAACUGGUCAUACCCCGUUUUUCUGAGCUUCCGCGGGGAAGAUGUCCGCAGAGGCUUUCUCAGUCACAUCAAGAAGGAGUUUCAAAGAAAUGGAAUCACACCAUUCGUUGAUAAUGAGAUCAAGAGAGGAAGAUCCAUUGGUCCUGAGAAUUUACAGGGGAUUAGAGGAUCUAAGAUCACGAUCGUCUUGCUCUCGAGAAACUAUGGUUCUUCCAAUUGGUGUCUUGAUGAGUUGGUGGAGAUUAUGAAAUGCAGAGAAGAUUUGGGUCAAACAGUGAUGACCAUUUUCUAUGAUGUGAGAAAGCAGAGGGGAGACUUUGGGAAGGCUUUUAGAAAAACUUGUAUUGGGAGACCAGAGGAGGUGAAGCAGAAAUGGAGGCAAGCUUUAGCCAGUGCCGCAAAUAUACUCGGGGAGGAUUCUCGUAAUUGGGGAAAUGAAGCGGAUAUGAUCAUUAAAAUCUCAAAAGAUGUCUCUGAUGUGUUGGGUUUUACGCCAUCAAAAGAUUUUGAUGAGUUUGUUGGCAUUGAAGCUCAUGUCACGGAGAUAAACUCGUUGUUACGACUAGAUCUUGAUGAGGUGAGAAUGAUAGGGAUUUGGGGUCAUGCUGGGAUUGGCAAGACUACCAUCUCCAGAGCUUUAUAUAACAAACUCUUUCAUAACUUUCAACUGAGCGCAAUCAUGGACAACAUCAAACUACGUUACCCAAGACCUUGUCACGAUGAGUACAGCGCAAAACUGCAGUUACAGAAAGAAUUGUUGUCUCAGAUGAUCAACCAGAAAGAUAUGGUGGUUCCUCAUUUAGGUGUGGCUCAACAGAGGUUGAAGGACAAGAAAGUUCUUCUUGUUCUUGAUGAUGUUGAUGGGUUAGUACAGCUAGAUGCCAUGGCGAAAGGUAUACGAUGGUUUGGUCUAGGAAGCCGCAUUGUCGUCGUAACACAAGAUCUAAAACUUUUAAAGGCACAUGGGAUCGAAUAUAUUUACAAAGUUGAUUUUCCACCUUCUGAUGAGGCUCUUGAAAUAUUCUGCAUGUAUGCUUUUGGACAGAAAUCACCUAAAGUUGGUUUUGAGGACAUUGCUCGAACGGUUACAAACCUUGCUGGUAAACUUCCUCUAGGACUAAGGGUUAUGGGCUCGUAUUUACGGCGAAUGUCGAAGCUGGAGUGGAGGAAAGCACUUCCAAGGUUAAGGACCAGCCUUGACCGUGAUAUUGAGAGCAUUUUGAAGUUCAGUUACAACUCCUUAGAUGAAGAAGAACAAGAUUUAUUUCUUCACAUAGCCUGUGUUUUCAAUAAGGAAACGAUUGAGAUAGUAGAAGAUUCUCUUGCAAAGAAGUUUGUGGAUGUGAGGCAAGGGCUCCAAAUUUUAGCCGAUAAAUCUCUCAUCAUGUCUAUGAACUUGGGAGAUAUAAUGAUGCAUAAUUUGCUAAAACAACUGGGUAGAGAGAUUGUUCGUCAUGAGCCUGGGAAACAGUCCAUUUGUGAGCCAGGGAAACGCCAGUUUUUGGUUGAUGCGAGGGAUAUUCGUCAAGUACUCACUGAUGAUACAGGUACUAGAACUAUUAUAGGCAUAGAUCUCGAGUUAUCGGUGAAAUUCAUAAGAUUCCACUACCAAUUUGGUGAUCAUUGUGACGACAUAUUGUUCUUACCGCAAGGUUUGAACAAUAUAUCUCGAAAACUUAUAUUACUACAAUGGGAACGUUUUCCACUGACAUGUUUGCCUUCCAAGUUUAAUCCGGAGCUCCUUGUCAAAAUAAACAUGCGGAACAGCAUGCUUGAGAAGCUGUGGGAAGGAAAUGAACACAUUGGAAAUCUCAAAUGUAUGGAUUUGACUUAUUGUGCAAACCUAAAGGAGCUUCCUGAUUUCUCAACUGCAACUAAACUCCAAGAACUGAGACUCAGAUAUUGUCAUAGCUUGGUUGAGCUCCCCUCUUCCAUCGGGAAUGCCACUAAUUUAUUAGACUUGGAUCUUGCUUAUUGCUCACGUCUGGUGGAACUCCCCUCCUCUAUUGGGAAUCUCACGAAUCUUAAAUAUUUGUCUCUCUCUGGUUGUGUGAAUCUGGUGAAACUCCCCUUCUCUAUUGGGAAUCUCACUAGUCUCAAGGAGUUGUGGCUCAGUGAUUGCUUAAGUCUGCUGGCCAUCCCUUUUACCAUAGGAUAUAUCACUAACCUCAAGGAGUUAUAUGCCUGUAGGUGUUCACGUCUAGUGAGACUCCCUUCCUCUAUUCGAAAUCUCACUAAUCUCAGGAAAUUGUUUCUGUCGGAUUGCACGAGCCUGGUUGAAUUUCCCUCUUUUAUCGGGAAUUUAACUAGUAUCAAGAAUUUGUAUAUGAGUGGAUGGUCACGUCUGGUGAAACUCCCCUGUAUGGGAAACGCCACUAAUCUCCAAAGCUUGUGUCUUAAUUACUGCACAGGUCUAGUGGAGCUCCCUUCCUCUAUUGGGAAUGCCAUUAACCUCCAAGUGCUGUCUCUCGAUGGAUGCUCAAGUCUACUGCAACUCCCCUCAUCCGUUGGGAAUAUCACUAGUCUCAGGCAGUUGCAUCUCAAAAGAUGCACAAGUCUUGUGGAGCUCCCUUCCUUUGUUGGAAAUGCAUGUAAUCUUGAAAUAUUGUAUCUUGAUAAUUGUUCGAGUCUGGUGGAGCUCCCUUCCUCCAUCUGGAAUGCAACUAAUCUCUCACACUUAAGUGCCUGUGAUUGCUCGAGUUUGGUAAAGCUCAACCUUGUAUUGGAACUCAAGCAAUGCAGACAACUCGUGUCACACCCAAUGCUUCCAGAUUCCUUCUCAUCCCUAGAUGAAGAAAACCGUGAGUCUUUGGUGGAGAGACUGGAUUGCUCCUUUCACAAUCCAGAGAUUAUUCUCAAUUUCGCUAGCUGCUUCAAAAUUAAUAAAGAAACGAGUGACCUCAUCUUCCAGACAUGGACUUGUACAAAUGUGGUAUUACCGGGUCAACAAGUGCCUGGUUACUUCACAUACCGAGGCACUGGUGAUUCUCUAACAGUGAAGUUGAACCAGAGGUAUCUUCCUACCUCUUUGAGAUUUAAGGCUUGCCUCUUGCUAGUUGAGUGUGAUAGCAAGGUCUGGUCAAACCAAAAGGACAAGUGAUGAGCUGAUGCAAGGAACUUCUGGCAUCAUGGACAAACCAAAUCGCCACAUUGUUACGCACGUACCAAACCGCUAUAUUCGACGUCCACUUUCAGGGGAGAAUCUCUACACAUUCGAAGUUGAGCUAGAGCUGACUUCCAG